CAAAACAAGUCACUCAAGACCCAGAUCAAUAUCUUCCUUUAAGUCGAUGUCAUCUCCGUUUACAGCCUCCCAGCCCAGGCAAAUAAGCAAGUGUGUCAGGCAGGAUGUAGGAUGAAGGAUGCAGAGAAAAAGAGGAACAGGGCAGCUGAACAGGUGCCAGUUGAAGAAAAGGCGGUUCCUCUCUGGGCUCUCUCCUAAUCCGAUGAAUUCUGCCAGGAAAGCUAGCAGUGGGCGCGCGCUAAACCAGCCAGCACCUCACCUAGGGCUUCGGGCUCCUUGCAGGUGGGAGGGAUUGCCCUUGUUUCCCUUUCGUUUUCUCGGGUCACCAAACCCCAAGCCAGGGGCCGGAACUACAGUUCCCACCCGGCAGCAAGGCAGGAGGAAGAAACGCACCGAGGGCUGCAAAGGAAACCAGGAGCAAAAGCACAAACACUGCUCGCCCGCCAGCCAGGAAGCCAGAGCCAUGCAGUUCUCCAGCUCAGCCAGAGCAGCAGAUGAGAACGUGGACUAUUUGUUCAAGGUCAUCCUCGUGGGAGAUUCCAAUGUGGGGAAGACAUGCGUGGUACAGCACUUCAAAUCUGGAGUCUACAGCGAGUCACAGCAGAACACCAUCGGGGUGGACUUCACGGUGCGCUCCCUCGAGAUAGACGGCAAGAAAGUGAAGAUGCAGGUGUGGGACACUGCGGGCCAGGAGCGCUUCCGCACCAUCACCCAAAGCUACUACCGAAGCGCCCACGCAGCCAUCAUCGCCUAUGACCUCACACGCCGGUCCACAUUCGAGUCUGUCCCUCACUGGAUUCAUGAGAUAGAAAAAUACGGAGCAGCUAACUUGGUCAUCAUGCUGAUCGGAAACAAAUCGGAUCUGUGGGAGAAUCGGCACGUCCUGUUCGAGGAUGCCUGCACGCUGGCUGAGAAGUAUGGCCUCCUGGCUGUCUUGGAGACAUCCGCCAAGGAGUCCAGGAACAUAGAUGAAGUCUUCGUGCUCAUGGCGAAGGAGUUAAUUGCCCGCAAUAGUUUGCACCUGUAUGGGGAGAGCAUCCAGCAAGGUCUGUCCCAGGAUUCCAGCCCAAUUAUUGUGGCCCAGGGCCCCAGGGAGAACACUCGCUGCACUUGCUGAACGUGAGUGGAGGCCCAGCACAAAAGCCAGGGUAUCCAGACGCCAGCGUCUUCAGGUACAUUCCAGGUGGAGCCUCGUUCCUGUCCUGGAUGGGCAGCACAGACUCUGAGGAAAGGGAGCGCCUCCGUCCUCAAGGACUCCUAGUGAAACAAGGACCUCAGGCCCUGGGGGAAGAAGGCUAGGAUGGACUUUCCCCAUCCUGGUCUCCGUCUCCCCAACACCCCAACUGUUUAGUAGUGGGGUUUGCGUCUCUGUUGUACAAAGACAGUCGUGAAAGGAAGGAGAGAACAGGAACAUGCAGAGAGGAGAUUGGAACAUUCUAGAUUUGGAAGCAGCCUGGGACGGGGUGGGCGGGGAUUGUAAUGAAAAGCCACACUGAUUCCUAACAGUCACAGGUCUUCUUCCUGGGGAACAAGGGCUGUCGGCUAGAAGCCAGAAAUGCCAUCUUGCCAGAGGGUCAGGGACCAGGGGGCCGAUGGAACUGCUCCAUCCCUGUCGAUCUGUUUGAGCCUCGAGGCAUAAGAGAUGCUAACCCUGAACUCCUCAAACACCAGAUUACCUACUACCAGAAGUCAGUUGUGCACCAGGAUUACAUUGUUGCCGGGCGGUAGUGGCACACACCUUUAAUCCCAGCACUCAGGAGGCAGAGGCAAGCGGAUCUCUGUGAGUUGGGGGCCAGCCUGGUCUAUAGAGCAAGUUCCAGGACAGCCAGGGCUACACAGAGAAACCGUGUCUUGAAAAGCCAAAGGAAAAAAAAGUCCUAAUUGUUCUAUAGAUGAUUUGGCCAUCCCAGCAGAUGUGGCCAAAGAGCAGCAGAUGCCGUCUUUUGACGGAGUUGUCUCCACGUUCAGAACUACAAACAGAGGGUUUGGAUGUAGCUCGGUGGCAGAGCACUUGGUGAGCAUGUAUACUGUCCUAGCUUCAAUCGCCAGCACUGCAAAAACAAGCAAAUAAAUAAAUAACAAUAAAAAAUA